GGGUCGGAAGUGACGACAGAAGCAGGGGGCGGAGACUUAAGAUGGCGGCUAUGGCGCUGGCGGCGGCGCGGCUGCUGCUGGUUCGCGGCUCGGGCUCGUGGCGCCGCUCGCGGCUGAGGUCCGGAGCUCCCGCACACAGAUGCUUCAGUAGUGGCGGGGCCUACCCCGGCACCCCGCUCUCCUCCCCCUUCCCUGGUGUGCCGCAGCCUGUUUUCGCUACGGCUGGUGGACAGGAAAAGUUUGAAACCAAAGUGACCACGCUGGAUAACGGGCUUCGCGUGGCGUCCCAGAACAAGUUCGGACAGUUUUGUACGGUGGGAAUUCUUAUUAAUUCAGGAUCAAGAUACGAAGCCAAAUAUCUUAGUGGAAUUGCUCACUUUUUGGAAAAAUUGGCAUUUUCGUCGACAGAUCGAUUUGACAGCAAAGAUGAAAUUCUGCUUACGUUGGAAAAGCACGGGGGUAUCUGUGACUGCCAGACGUCAAGGGACACUACCAUGUACGCUGUGUCUGCGGAUUCCAAGGGCCUGGACACGGUGGUUGGUUUGCUGGCUGACGUGGUCCUGCACCCCAGGCUCACAGAUGAGGAAAUCGACGCGGCACGGAUGGCUGUCCAGUUUGAGCUGGAGGACCUCGGUAUGCGGCCCGACCCAGAACCGCUUCUCACAGAGAUGAUUCACGAGGCUGCUUAUCGGGAAAACACAGUUGGCCUCCACCGUUUCUGCCCCACAGAAAACAUAGCAAAGAUGGACCGAGAAGUGCUUCACUCCUACCUGAGAAACUAUUACACCCCUGACCGCAUGGUGCUGGCCGGGGUUGGGGUGGAGCACGAGCACCUGGUGGAAUGUGCCAGAAAGUACCUGCUGGGAACCCAACCGGCCUGGGGAUGUGAGAAGGCUGUGGACGUCGACAGAUCGGUGGCACAGUACACGGGGGGGGUUGUCAAGCUGGAGAGAGAUAUGUCCAACGUCAGUCUGGGCCCUGCCCCGUUCCCCGAGCUCACGCACAUCAUGAUAGGACUGGAGAGCUGUUCCUUCUUGGAGGACGAUUUCAUCCCCUUCGCCGUGCUGAACAUGAUGAUGGGGGGCGGCGGCUCCUUUUCGGCUGGCGGGCCCGGCAAGGGUAUGUUUACCAGGCUCUACCUCCACGUGCUCAACAGGUGUCCCCUCGUCCGCGCUCCUUACAGGCACCACUGGAUGUACAACGCAACCUCGUACCACCACAGCUACGAGGACACGGGCCUCCUGUGCGUCCACGCCAGCGCCGACCCCAGACAGGUUCGAGAAAUGGUGGAGAUCAUCACGAAGGAGUUCAUUUUAACGGCUGGAAGCGUGGAUGUGGUGGAGCUGGAGCGGGCCAAGACCCAGCUGAUGUCCAUGCUCAUGAUGAACCUGGAGUCCAGGCCUGUGAUCUUCGAGGACGUGGGGAGGCAGGUGCUGGCGACCCGUUCCAGAAAGCUGCCCCAUGAGCUGUGUGCGCUCAUCCGCAGCGUGAAGCCAGAAGACAUCCGGAGAGUUGCCUCCCAGAUGCUCCGCAGGAAGCCCGCGGUGGCCGCCCUGGGCGACCUGAGCAACCUGCCGGCCUACGAGCACAUCCAGGCGGCGCUGGCCAGCGGGGACGGGCGCCUGCCCAGGACGUACCGGCUGUUCCGCUAGAGGCCGUCGCGGUGCGGCCCGAUGCGGGCUGUGGACGGAGCCCGUGUUCGUCCGUGGGUUUUGGGUGUGAAUUUAGUGCAAAGAUUCAUAAAAGGUGCAAACCGGG